ACUCUAUAAAAGGCCACAAAACCUUAGGACUCAAACAUCAAAACAAAUUAUUAUACCAAUUAUCAAAGUCAUAGAAAAUUUAAGUGUUGCAAUGGCUACAAAUCAGGAACAUGUGAAACUUUUGGGAGCUACUGGAAGCCCAUUUGUGUGCAGGGUACAGAUUGCUCUAAAGUUGAAGGGAAUUGAAUAUGAAUUUCUUGAAGAAAAUUUGGCCACAAAGAGUGAACUUCUUCUUAAAUAUAAUCCAGUUCAUAAGAAGGUUCCAGUUUUUGUUCACAAUGAUAAGCCCAUUUCAGAAUCUCUUGUGAUUCUUGAGUACAUUGAUGAGGUUUGGAAGCAAAACCCCAUUUUGCCAACUGAUCCACACCAAAGAGCCUUGGCUCGAUUUUGGUCGAAAUUCAUCGAUGACAAGAUUGUGUCCGCAUCAUCCAAAUCCGUUUUUACACUUGAUGAGAAAGAGCGCGAGAAGAAUGUCGAAGAAACAACUGAGGCUCUUCAGUUUCUUCAGAAUGAGCUGAAGGGUAAGUACUUUGGAGGAGAAGAGUUUAACUUUGUGGAUAUUGCUGCUGUUUUCGUAGCAUUCUGGAUCCCUCUAGUUCAAGACAUAAUAGGGUUGCAAUUGUUCACAGCUGAAAAGUUUCCAAAGCUUUACAAUUGGAGUCAAGAAUUUCUUGACCAUCCUGUUGUGAAGGAAACUAUUCCUCCAAGAGAGCCUCUUUUCGCCUUUUUUAAAGGUCGCUAUGAGAGCCUUCUUGCUGCUUCAAAAUAGAUCAAUGUACUGCUGAUAUAGAAUAUCGAGAGUCAGAAUUUUAUGUUUAUGAAUUCUUAUCUGUUAUUGAGUUCUUGUUGUUAGGAUUUCAUUUCUGAAUAAUAUUUUAUAAUGUGAGAUUUCUCCAUGUGAAAUCUAAGGAUAUUGUUGUCAUAGCUCUGAUUUUGCAAUGCUUGUAAUCAACUUUUGUUUCGGAUAACAAAGAUAUGUAAAUUCUUUUGUAAUCUGAUUUUUUAUAUGCAAAAUUUGUCCUAA